CGACGACGUGUAUCGUUAUUGAUGGAACACAUGGAUGGGGUCAUUCCGACAGGCACUCAUGGACUCGCAUGCAGACAGACAUGAAGUGAAAAACCAAAGUCAUCACCCCCCCCUCCCUCUCCACUCUGACCAAUCUCUCUCGGACUCAUCCAUCUCUCCGUGAGGUGUGGGCGUCAUGGAUGUGAGGUAUGCUGCGCACUGAACCGAUUCCGGUCAGUGAGUGUCAUACAUCGCCGUACACAGCCGCCUAGCCCUUCCUUCUCAUCCUCUUGUCUGCCUGUCUGUCGGAUGACUCGCAUGUCCCGAUCGGGAAAGCCAGCCAUGCGUCUUCUUCUCUCAAAAUCUCCACUUCAUGCGCCAGGCCAACCACACACACACACACACACACACGCGCGCACAAGCACAUCCACGCAACACAAGUCAAGUACAGGCGAAGACACACGAGAGACGGCAGGCAGGCAGCUGCAUCGUGCGCACCACAUGCUCUCGUCGGCCGUCAGGGGCCACGAUUGACUGGUCGAGUCGAUCAUUCGCAGAGCCCAACGACGUCGAUCUCCAGUGGUGAUCACUCAGCAACGCCCGCCCGCCCGCCCGGAGCGGGUUCCAUGCAUUUAUGCCGCGACAGCGAUGUUGAGGCCGGUGCCGGGGCUGACGACGCCGUCCUUGGCCGCCAUGAUGGCGAUCAGGUCCACCAGACGUGUGGAAUAGCCCCACUCGUUGUCAUACCUACGCACACACACACAUACACACACAUGGACCGGCGAGAAGUCCAUGAAGGGUGUUUGUGCGGGUGAGUGUUCGUGUGUGGUGGCGACACUGACCAUGAGACGAUCUUGACGAAGUUGGGGUUGAGCAUGAUGCCGGCCGAGGCAUCGAACACGGUCGAGCACUCCUCGCCAACGAAGUCCUUCACAGACAUCAACCACACACAUCCAUCUGUCCACCCAUCUGUGUGCCCUGGCUGCCGCGUACACACAGGUACCUGUGAGACGAGUGCCUCCUCGGUGUAGCCCAUGACGCCCUUCAUGUAAGUCUCGGAUGCAUCCUUGACUGCCGCCUUGAUGUCGUCCCAGCUGGUGGACUUCUCCAGCCGGCAGGUCAAAUCGACCACAGACACAUCGAUGGUCGGCACGCGGAACGCCAUGCCCGUCAGCUUCCCCUUCAUCUCGGGCAUGCACUUGGCAACAGCCUUGGCGGCACCUGCAUAGAGAGCAGACCGCACACACACGGCAGAGAACUCCGCAUUGAUGUCUCCCUAGGCGUGUGUGUAUGUUGUAGGUGUGUACCAGUGGACGAUGGGAUGAUGUUGGCACCAGCGGCGCGGCCUCCCCUCCAGUCCUUCUUGGAGGACGAGUCGACCACAUACUGGGAGGCGGUGGCGGCGUGGACGGUCGUCAUCAGACCCUCAGCAAUCCCGAACUUGUCAUGGAUCACCUUGACGAUCGGGGCUAGACCUGACCAUGAAUCGGCCAGACAGACACACAAAUACAGGCAGGCAUGACGCCAGCUCGUCUCUGUCUGUGUAGUGUUUAGUGCGUUGCAUACCGUUGGUGGUACACGACGCGCAGGAGACGACCUUCAUGUCGGGCUGGUAGUCCUUCUCGGCGUUGACACCCACCACCAAUGUCGGUGUCUCGGCGUCCUUGGCAGGGGCAGAGAUGACCACCUUCUUGGCACCCUUCGGGCUGACACAACACACACACACACACACAGAGAGAGAGAGAAGAAUAUCCACUUGCCGUCUCAAUGGGCUCGUGUGUUGGGUUUUUGGCUCGGUCGCUCACCGGUCGGUGUGCUUGAGGCAUCCCUCCGUGGUGCAGAAAGCGCCGGUCGACUCGCAGACGUAGUCGACGCCGGCCUCCUCCCAGGGAAUUUCAGUGGGGUCGCGCGUGUCGCUGAGUGUGAUGGCGUGGCCGUUGACCACCAGCUUGCCGUCCUUGACCUCAGCAGUGCCCUUGAAGCGCCCGUGGGCAGAGUCGUACUUGAGGAGGUAGGCCAUGUACUCGGGGGCCAUGGGGGAGUUGACAUGCUUGACAACCAUGUCGUCCCUCUCCAUGGCAAUCCGGAAGACCAGCCGACCGAUGCGGCCGAAGCCGUUGAUGCCGACCUUGAUGGGCGAGUUGGGGUCGGACGACAUGGUCAGCAGCUGCUUGGCCGACACCAUGCGGGCGGGGGACGCCAGGGAGUGGCGGGGGCGGAGGAAGGUGCGGGUGGAGGGGGCAGACACGGCCGGCAGGAAGCCCUCAGACUGACACACAGACAGACAGAGAUGCAUCACACAGAGGGGCGGUGGAUGGAUGUGUGUCUGUGUACCUGUGCGAGCAUGGUGUUGAGGAUGUUGAGCUCCUCCUCCCUGCUGUCCUCCUCCUGCGCGUAGUUGGACGCGAUGAGCUGGCAGAGGUCCAUGCUCUCCACAUCCUCGGGAGUGGUCGUCUCGUCAGUGAUGAUCCCCUCGCGCACCAUGUCAGACACAACCGCCUUCAACUCGCCAUCAGUGAAGUGGCUCUGAAAAGGCGGACAAAGGCAGGAGCGAUGUGCAUCAUUAGUGUUGUGUGGACGUGCAGGGUGGGCUGCCUAACCAUGUAGCAGUGGUCGUCUGUGGUGAGGAGCUUGAGGUAGCUGUCGUCCAGGACGCACUGCUGCUCCUGCGUGUACUGGCAUCGUGGGUGCUCCUCACACGCACUCACCUCGUCGUCAUACUCCUGGCAACUCGCAUCCGUGUACUCGCCUGCACCAGCCACCGGCCACACAACACACAUGAGAUGAGAGAUCUGCACGAUGUGGCAGAUCUAUGCGUCUGCAUGCGGUGCCGCUGACCGAACGCAUUGUGGAAGUAGACGUUGAGCUCCCGCCCCUCAUUGGUGUCGACGAAUCUGAAGUGCUUGGGGGCGAUGAUAUCGGGAGAGCAGUCCGUGGCCGAGGCAGCCACGCAGCCCAGCACCAACACGCACAGCACGCACUUCAUCGUCGAGCAGAACGAGAAC